AGAUCGAUCCGUGGGAGCAGGAGAAGAAACCAAACGCACGCAUGUCAUCGGCGCGGGCGCCCAACAGUCUCAAUCUCAUCAUUCUUCUCAAUCUCAUCGCCGCCGCCCCGCCUCCCUCCCGCAGACCUCGCCGCCUUUCAUGUCCUCCGCCCUCUCUCCUCCCCAGCCCCUCUCCCUCUCUAGAAGAGAAGAGAAGAGAGGAGAAGAGAAGAGAAGAGAAGAGACGAGAUGCAGUCAGAUCGACCGAGCACCGAGCGGACAGGCGGCGCGCCCAGAUCCAUACGGCCAUGGGGACUGGAGCACCGAGCGGCUGUGCGUCUCGUCAAGGGCCUUGCCUCCUCCGUCUCCUUCUUUGUGCUCGGCCAUGCCUAGCAGGAAGGAAGAGGACGAGCCUUGGACUCGACGGGGACGGCUCCUCCUUCCAAGACGGACUUUCUUCUGUUGUGAACUGAGUUCGACGGAAGAACGGUGCCAUGGUUGCUCGCUCCGGUAUGGUGCAGCCGAGCUGGGCCAACGACCAUGUUGUGUACGACUGUAAAAUCCGCUUUGGUGGCGCCUUGGGAUCCGCAACAGGGAAGAACAAGUGCCACCGUCGAUCCGAUGCUCGUGCCAGGAAAGGGAUCCUCUCACUGUCUUCUAAUUCAAGUUUGCCAUCUGAGGGCCAACAUGGAGCUCUGCACCAGAACUACCUACAUGCCUCGAUCCCCUGCACCGAGCUCAGAGCGAUGUACGCAUGCCACCAUUGCCUGAGAGCCAACUACCCUCAAGGCGGUAUUCGUAGGGAGGUCAGCGAGCUCACUCAUCUCACCACCCUGGUCUUGUCGAGCAAUCUACUUAAGGGCAUGAUGCGACGUGCUGGCUCGGUCAGGAGCCUAAAUCAUCUGCUGUUCUUGCGAGGUGUUGCUGGAGCUCAAGCUGGGCUUCAACGCCACAGCUGGACCACAACCCCUGCAGUUGGGAGGGCGUCUCUUGCUCCAUCUUGGAUCACAGGGUCUUCUUACCAGAUGGGGUUUUGUCAUGCAGUUGCACAAGCCACCCUCUUCCCUGUUCAAGCUCGCCUCACACUCCCUUCCAUGCCCAAUUCACCGCCGAGCCUGUGCAAAGGAACCUCAACAAGCAACAACAAGUGAUCUCCAGUUCCGGUCCAUGGACUGCAUCCACAAGGACCAAGAUGAUGACCAGUAGCCCACGCCUGAGCCCGACCAUGGCAUGACGGUGGCGGCGCGUCGACUACAACCUCCCCGCUAUACCCCAGGA